GUAAUACUUGAGGAAAUGGUUGAAUAUCCAACUAGGCCUAUUAUUAACAGUAGGCCUAUAUAAAGAAAUGUUGAGACUAGGUGAAAUUUGUAUUAACACAAGCUCGUGUAGGCUACAUUGCAAAAUGACCGGUAAUAUGUAAACGAAAGCUUGUGUUAAUUAAAAAAUAAAUAAAUAAAUAAAAAAAUAAAAAAAAUAAAAAAAAUAAAAAUAAAACACCUCAACUAUAGUGUCAAAGUGCUCCCGCUUAGCCUACUGUUUAGCAACAAUAAGCCUAGUAAAAAUACAAUAAAAGUGGCCCCAGACAGACAAAACCUCCCAAUUUUGUAUAUGCGUUGAACAACACUAGUUUAAGGCCCACAUACACAAACGCAAGCAACGCUAGUGAAAUGUGACGCGUUCUUACGCAAAAUGCAACCCGACUAAAGUACAAACUUUGAGCGUGAAAAUGGCUGUAAAGUAACUGCGAACCAAUCAGCUUGCAGCUUUAUGAACUCGCAAAUUGAUUUGUUGAUUCAUGUUUUCUUGACAGACCCUUUGCCUUCGCCAAGACCUGCUGAGUCAGGUCACAUCGUGCUAAUUUAGGCGCAGGUUUUAGCAUAUAUUUUGCAUGUCAUCAUCUGUUAUGGCAUGUGUACACUCAGCAAAGGACAAGGAGAAAACUGUUUAACUGUGAACCCUUGUCAGAAUGGUGGUACUUGUAUAACAGAAGAAACAGGCACAGCAUUUUGUUUCUGCACUCCAGGCUACCAUGCCACAUACUGCAACCUAGAAGUUAAUUUAAAUUGUGGUCAAAACUUUUAUGGUGUACCUACAGAUCACAUAACAUCACCAAAUUAUCCAGACAAUUAUGAUAAUUUCAACUCAUGUGGGUACCUUGUGGGUUAUCCCAAUGGAAAGAAAUUCCGGAUAACAAUUAAUGACAUGGAUAUUGAAGAGGCAAAAGAUGUUGUGGAGAUCGGAGCAGGUCCUAUUAUAGACAUCUCAGGAGCAGCAGCUGAAUAUACUUUUUCCGAGACGUUACCAAUUCCACAAGCCCCAUUUGAGAUUUUGGGCAGUCGCAUGUGGGUCUAUUUUUACUCAGAUUUUAAUGUUGUCAAGCGAGGAUUUAACAUCACAUUUUUAGUUGAUGCAGACGAAUGCUCCACCAAUCCCUGUCAACUGGGUGAACAGUGCAAUGACCUCGAGUACUCAUAUAAUUGUCAAGUAAUUGAUGAGUGCUCACCCAACCCAUGUUUUAAUGGCGGAGUGUGUGUAGAUGGUAUUAACCAAUACACAUGUAACUGUCCUAGUAAUUAUGAAGGAGUUAACUGUCAGAUCCCAAUAAACCCAUGUGAAAGCAAUCCUUGCAAUAAUAAUGGAAUAUGCCAAAACUUUGUAACAUAUUAUGAAUGUACGUGUGUAAAUGGAUGGACAGGAAUCACAUGUUCACAAGACAUAAAUGAAUGUGCGAGUAAUCCUUGUCAAAAUGGUGCAAUUUGUAGUAACAACCAAGACAGUUAUUCCUGUAGUUGCCUUGGUGGUUACACUGGUACUAACUGUGAAACAGAUAUUAAUGAAUGCAGUAGUAAUCCAUGCCAGAAUGGUGGCAAUUGUAACAACAAUGUCAACUUCUUCACUUGUGAUUGUGUACUUGGCUAUCAAGGAACUUUCUGCGAGUCAGAAAUCAAUGAAUGCCUGAGCACCCCUUGUGUCAAUGGACUGUGUGUUGACAACAUUGGCUCCUUUAGCUGUAUUUGUGAGGCUGGUUGGACUGGUACCCAAUGUGAUAUAGAUAUUGAUGAGUGUGCAAGUUUUCCGUGCUUCAAUGGUGCAACAUGUAACAAUUUUCUAGCUUUAUAUACUUGUAACUGCUUGUCAGGGUUUUCAGGCAGUAAAUGUGAAAUUGAUAAUAAUGAAUGCAGUAGCGGUCCUUGUCAAAAUGGAGCCACCUGUAAUGACCACGUCAACUCAUACACUUGUACCUGUAUAGGUGGUUACACAGGCACAUUUUGUGAAACGGACAUUAAUGAGUGUGCAAGUUUUCCAUGUGUGAAUGGUGGAACCUGCUCUAAUGACCCAAAUUCAUUUGCCUGCACAUGUUUACCUGGAUACACAGGCAGCAGGUGUGAACUAAAUAUCAACGAAUGCAUAAGCUCUCCCUGUCUGAAUGGUGCCCAGUGUACAGAUGGCGUCAACUCCUAUUCCUGCCAAUGUGCCAAUGGCUUUGAAGGGAUACGCUGUGAAUUACCGACCAAUGAGUGUUCAAGUAAUCCGUGUGUGAAUGGCGUUUGUGUUGACAUUGUGUUAGCGUACUACUGCACAUGCUCAGGUGGCUGGAUGGGAACAAAUUGUGAAAUAGAUGUGAAUGAGUGCAGCAGCUCUCCGUGUUUAAGUGGAGGACAAUGUCAUAAUGGAGCUAACCAGUUCACCUGUGUUUGCCCUGAAGGAUGGUUUGGCAUAAUAUGUGACACAGAUGUAGAUGAAUGUGCUAGUAAUCCUUGCUUAUUUGGGACCUGCAUCAAUGAACAAAAUGGCUACCGCUGCGAUUGCUUUGGUGGAUUUGAAGGUGUGAAUUGUGGAACUCAGACGAACGAAUGUCUGAGUUCACCAUGUCUGAAUGGGGGUACGUGUAUAGAUGGUGUAAAUAUGUAUUACUGUAACUGUUCACCCGGUUGGGAAGGAUUAAACUGUGCUACAGACAUUGAUGAAUGUGCCAGCAAUCCAUGUCUGAACAACGGUGCCUGUAACAACUUCGUGAAUAGAUACACAUGUACUUGUCGGCCAGAGUAUACUGGAAUCAAUUGUCAAUUAUUCAUAGAUCCAUGUACCAGUUCACCAUGCUCGAAUGGUGGAACAUGUAAUAACAAUGUUGGUUAUUAUGUCUGCGACUGCCCCUCAGCAUACACAGGAACAAAUUGCCAAGAAGAUUAUAAUGAAUGUGGUAGCAAUCCUUGCAACAAUGGUGGAACUUGCCGGAAUUUGAUUGGACAAUUCCAGUGCGUAUGCAUGCCAGGCUGGACCUCCGACAGAUGUCAAACUAACAUCAACGAAUGUGGAACAAACCCCUGUUUGAAUGGUGCCACUUGCAUUGAUUUAGUCAAUGACUUUACAUGCAGUUGUACAACCGGCUGGACUGGAGAAGUUUGUAGUGUUGAGGUGAAUGCUUGCAACCCUAAUCCAUGUCGGAAUGGGGCGACUUGCAAUGACUUUGACACCUACUACACCUGUUCUUGCGUACCUGGUUACUCAGGUCAAACAUGUAAUGAUAAUAUAAUUGAAUGUGCGAGUAAUCCAUGUGCUAAUGGGGGUACAUGUCUAGAUGGUGUUAAUGAAUACCUUUGCCAGUGUACACCUGGAUAUGAAGGAACAAAUUGUAAUGGAAAUACCAAUGAAUGUGCCUCUCUACCGUGCCAGAAUAAUGGAGUGUGUGUUGACAGCAUUAACUCCUACACAUGCCAGUGUCAAUCUGGAUUCUUUGGAGCUCACUGUGAAAAUAAUAUCAAUGAAUGUGCAAGUGCCCCAUGUUUGAAUGGGGGUCAGUGUGUUGAUGAAGUGAACCGGUAUUAUUGUUCAUGCUUGGCUGAAUGGGGCGGUGACAACUGCCAAACACAAUUGAAUGACUGCUCACAAAUGCCAUGUGAAAAUGGCGGAACAUGUGUUGAUGGCCUAAAUACAUUCAGUUGCAUUUGUGCAUCAGGAUGGACAGGCUUCACUUGCACUUUAGAUGUUAACGAAUGCAAUAGUUCACCAUGUAUAAAUGGAGGAAUCUGUCAGAAUUUUGUAAACUACUACAACUGUGUCUGCCCCACAGCAUACACUGGGAACCAAUGUGAGAUAAAUGUUGAUGAAUGCGCAAGUACACCGUGUCUGAAUGGAGGAACUUGUAUCGACGGCGUCGGCCUAUACACUUGUGCAUGUGUCCAGGGCUUUGUAGGAACUCAUUGUGAAAGUGAAACAUAUGAAUGUUUGAGUGCACCAUGUCAGAAUGGAGGGCAGUGUAUGGAAGGGACCAAUGCCUAUAUCUGCCAAUGUGCUGCUGGCUUUGACGGACCAGAAUGUCAGAUAAACAUCAACGAAUGUGUAAGUAACCCGUGUGGAGUUAAUGGAAUGUGCAAUGAUCAAACCAACCAAUACCAAUGUGUAUGCCAUCCAGGUUGGACUGGUCCAUUAUGUACAAUAGAAAUCGAUGAAUGCGGUAGCCUCCCUUGUCUGAAUGGUGGAACUUGUACCCAAGGUGAAAAUUUCUAUACUUGUCAAUGCCUACCAGGUUGGACAGGGACAAAUUGUGAGAUAAAUGUGGAUGAGUGCCAGGUGUCGCCUUGUAACAAUGGUGGUACUUGCUAUGAUUUGGUGAAUGCAUACACCUGUGUCUGUGUUGAAGGAUUCAACGGCAAUGAUUGUGAAAUAAAUAUUAAUGAAUGCAGCUCAGGGCCAUGUCAGAAUGGUGGACUUUGCACUGAUGGCAUCAAUUCUUAUUCUUGUGUCUGUCUACUUGGCUGGGAGGGUGACAACUGCCAGACAAAUGAGAACGAUUGUUUCCCGAAUCCUUGUAUGAAUGGAGGCAUUUGUCAAGAUGAAUUGAGUAACUAUGUGUGUUCAUGUCCAGCUGGUUUUGAUGGCAACAACUGUGAAACAAAUAUAAAUGAAUGUGCGAGCAACCCUUGUGCGAAUGGCGGGACGUGCAAUGAUGGCAUUUUUGGUUACACAUGUAGUUGUGUCAUUCCUUGGAGCGGAACCUAUUGUGAUAUUCAGGGUGAAUGCCGUGCUAACUACACAAUCCCAGAUGGUGGCAUGCUUACCGUGCAAUCACCAAACUACCCUGCCAACUACUACGACAAUGACUACUGCCUAUGGUUCAUAUCCACACGACCGGGCAAGCAUAUCCUAGUCACAGUAACCAAUUUCGCAACAGAGUUGCACUACGAUCAUCUUGACAUUGGAAACAACAACGACCUGUCUGACCUGGGUUCACGUGUCAUUCAUCAUUCUGGGUUUGAACUACCGCCACCUUUCCUGACAACUAACAACAUUGUGUGGGCACGGUUCGAAAGCGAUCGAACCAAGACUGAAUCAGGCUUUUCCAUAACAUUUACCGAGAGGGACAGUCCAGAUCUGAUCAAUGAAUGUUCUAGUAGCCCCUGUAUGAAUGGAGCGACCUGUAUCAACAGCAUCAACAUGUAUGUUUGCAGUUGCCCUGUAUUAUAUGUUGGAACACAGUGUGAAAGUAGACUAGAGGAAAACCUUUGCUACAGUAACCCAUGUCCAAGUGAUGCACAGUGUGUGAAUAGUGCUAAUACAUAUUAUUGUAUCUGUCAAGCUUUGUCAUUGGAUCCAAGGUGCUAUUCAGGUCCGAUGCCCGGAACUGCUUGUGACAGCAACCCUUGUGCCAAUGGAGCUCUCUGUACAUCCAGCUCACUGACUGAAUUCACAUGUACUUGCCGAGAUGGUUGGAUGGGUGAAAGAUGCAAUGAUGAUAGAGAUGAAUGUGGUAGUAACCCUUGUCAAAAUGGUGGAACUUGCUUGAAUUCUGAGAAUAUGUACACUUGCAUAUGUCGAGGACCAUUCAGCGGUACCAACUGUGAAAUUGGAACCGAAACAUUCAUUUGCGAUUCCAGUCCAUGUAUGAAUGGAGGGACAUGUCUUAAUCCCCACACACAGUUUCCUGAUGAGCAGUUCAAAUGCAUUUGUGAGCAUGGCUAUAUUGGUACAUUCUGUGAGAUUGAUGUCAAUGAAUGCGACAGUUUUCCAUGUUACAAUGGGUAUGAAUGUAUUGAUGGAUUAAAUUCUUACAUAUGUCAAUGCCCAAGCAACAUGGGUGUUGAUUGCAGAGGCACUAUUGGACUUUGUCAAACACAACCAUGCAAGAAUGGAGGAACGUGCAGCGAGGAGAAUGGCAAAUUUGUGUGUAACUGCGUUGAGAAUUGGACAGGCACUACCUGUACUGAAGUUGAUAAUGCUCAGUUAUACUGCACAGCUGAUGAGAAGGGCAUGUGUCGAAAUUCAGGCACAUGCUACAAGGAGAAUGGCGAGGCGCUAUGUAUAUGUCCACCUGGCCUAUCUGGCAGCACCUGUAAUGAAAAACUGGGGAGCCCAGCUGCUUGUGAGGGAAAUAAAUGUGUUCACGGAGAAUGCUAUAUCAGUUCUGUCCUUGAGCCAGAUGCACUACUGUACACAUGUGCGUGUGAGCCAGGUUACGAGGGAAAAUACUGCCACCUAGAUAUAAAUGAGUGCCUUGGCAAUCCAUGUAGGAAUGAUGGGUCGUGCGAAGACCAAAUCAACGCCUUCACUUGUCAUUGUUCUGAAGACUUCAGUGGUACUUUUUGUGACACGCGGGUUACAGCAUUGGAACUUACAAAUACAACUCCUGCACCAGGGACACUUGAAAAUACAUGGGUAAUCAUCUUCAUCAUCACAGGCGUGGUAGUCGCCAUUUUGAUCACGCUUCUUAUUGCGAUGGCAGUGAUUUGGCGCAAUCCUCGUAAAUAAACACAUGGCAUCAGAUGAGACAAGCACACAUGUAAAUAAUAGUCAUGUGAUAAUAACUAAGAGAAACCUUGAGUAGUUAAACAUUUCUACAAUAUGUGUUAUGCAACUUAAAUUUUCCAAUUGAACAAUGUACCAUUUUUUUUUAUCGUAGCAGAUACCAAAAUAAUACAUAAUACUGUUCUAUUAACUUAAAUUAGUUAAUAUUAAUAAUAACUUAAAUUAGUUAAUAUAUUAUUUAUAAAAAUAUUCACCUUUUAUAUAUAAAUUAUGUAAGUGAUGCAAAAAAAAUCUCAAACGUAAUUUGCUGAUGAUGAUUCGUUUGCCAUGUCACCUAUAAUGUGGCAAACAACAAAAAGAAUUCAACUGAAGACAUAAAACUGAAACGUUGUUAGUCUAUUUAGGAUAUCAAAAUUUGGUUUCCAUAAAAUUGCUACACUGUUGCUACAGUGUUUUCACUAUAACUUUUACACUGCAUGGCUAUCCCUGGCACAAUCGGGAAGACUUGCUGUGUCGACUGACCAAUCAGCAUCAGUGACUGACAGACGUUAGCAUGUAGCAAUUUUAUUGGAACCAGGUAUGAGAGUCUGUCAUUCAUAUUGGAAUACAUACCCCAUGUGUUGCUCAGUCAGUAUAGCACCUGCUUUCCAAACUGGAGGUCUUGGGUUCAAAUUGUGAUAGGGACUAAUGACUUUUCAAUUGGUAUUCUAUAAAGAAAUCAGGUGCCAUAGUUGUUGAAUAUAUUUUGUCUAUCAAAUUGCUACUGCUUAUUAAAAUUAAAUAUGAUUAAUUUAAUUUAACAGAUGUAACUUCUAAAAUGUUUGAACUGCUUGAAUGCAUUGUCAUAAAUACUUAAUUCACUUUUAUACUUUUUAACUCAACUGCAAUAUAUUGCACUGUGACUUAAGGACUUUAAUGAUUAAUUAUUAUAUGUAAAUCACUGUAUUUUAUUAGACAAUUAUAUUUGUCCUUAGUUUCCCUUUCCCUACUUCCUAAAGAAAUCAGUUUGUAUUUCCUAUGAAAUACAGUAUCUUUGAUUUUGUUGUUUUGUUUAUAUUGACUAUUAUAAUAAUCUAUGUAACAGACUAGUACUGUUUAAUAAUAGAACCUACAGUUGUUAAACUAAAAUUCAACUGGUGAAGUACUAUUUUUGUAAAAAAAAAAAAAAUAAAUAAAAAAACAAAAAAAAAAGAUUUAUAUAAAAUUUGCAAAUUGAUAGGAUGGGAACAAGGCGAAAAUUAUUAGGAAGCAUUUCAGAAUAUUUAAUCUGUGCUUGGCUGGGUUUACCGAUGUUUACUUGGUUUACUGCAGUUUACUUGGGUUUGUCAAUGUUUACCAGGUUAAACAGAAGUUAACCUUAAACAGAAGUUAACACGGGUUUUAUCAAUAUUUUUUUUGGUGUGCCCAAUAUUUAUUUGGUUAACUAAAAAUACUUGGGUUACCAAUUUGUGCUUCAUGGUUUAUCAAUGUUGGCUUGGUUUACCAACGUUUACUUAGUUUAUAAUGUUUACUAAGUUACCAAUGUUUUGCUUAAUUGUUUACUUGGAAUACCAAUGUUUGCUUAGCUUAAGUAGACACUUUAAACAGGUUUUUCGACAGAGCUAUGAAGAGAAUAAAAUAAACUUACUGUGUUUGUUCAUACAUAAAUGAUUACAUUUUUAUAUAAAUGCAUUUGAGGUGUAAAUAAUCACAUAUGAAUACUUUUUUAAAUAUUUUCAUUAGGAUUUACCUUUUUCAGCAUCUUGUAUAUUUUAUUAAUGUAUAGAGAGCGUUUUUUCUAUUGUUAUAUCUUGUAUAAUAGGAUUUAAAGACAACCCUGCAUAUAGCUAAAAUUCUACUAAAAUUGUUUUUACACAGUUUGAGUCCAACAGACUACAAUAUGUAAUAAUCAAAAUAUAAUAAUAAGAUGUAAUUUACCAAGCGUUUGGACAGGCUAGGCUAGGGUGCAGCAGCUGUUUACCACUGUCAACUUCUGAUAGAAUUUCACUUGGGUUGACUAUGUCAAAAACGAUAGAUGUACUUUGGGACAUUAUUACAUUGUUACGGAUCUGUUGAUAACCACAUUAAGAGAAUGUAGACGUGGUUUUGUUUUCAUAAUGUAUAACCAGACACUGUCUUUAGAGGUAUACUUUGUAUAUAAGUGGUUAUGUGCAUUAUGUGUUUAUAGAUUUACUAGAAUUUUGCAAUCAUUCUCAAAAUAAAUUUUUCUUUUGAGAUAAAAAUAA